UUCGCUAUCGAUUUCAAAAAAAAAAUCAUCUGUCGCCAGAUUGCGACCGAAUUUUUACUUAAAUACUGUGAAUUUUAACAAAGUUUGUGCACUAAAGUGAUGAUUCACAGUCUAUUCAUUGUCAAUUCUAGUGGCGAUGUCUUUCUGGAGAAACACUGGCGCAGUGUGGUGUCACGGACAUGCGUUUCAUACUUUUUGGACGUUCAGCGGGAAUCUCCAAAUGAUGUUCCACCAGUGAUAUCCACUCCUCACCACUAUCUGGUUUCAAUCCAGAGGGGAGGAGUGUCGCUGGUGGCCGCAUGCAAGCAGGAAUGUCCCCCGUUGUUUGUAAUCGAGUUCCUACACCGGGUGGUGAAUACUUUUGAAGAUUAUUUCUCCGAGUGCACCGAAAGCAUCAUCAAGGAAAACUACGUAGUGGUGUACGAACUGCUGGAUGAGAUGUUGGACAAUGGCUUUCCUCUGGCCACGGAGAGUAAUAUUCUUAAAGAAUUGAUAAAACCGCCGAAUAUACUGAGGACCAUUGCUAACUCGGUUACCGGGAAGUCGAAUGUUAGUGGAACACUUCCAACCGGGCAGCUUUCAGCUAUUCCUUGGAGAAGGACCGGUGUGAAAUACACCAAUAACGAGGCCUAUUUUGACGUGGUCGAAGAAGUAGAUGCCAUCAUCGACAAGAGUGGACAGACGAUUUUCGCAGAAAUUCAGGGAUAUAUUGAUUGCUGCAUUAAGCUAAGCGGAAUGCCUGAUCUGACUCUAUCCUUUAUGAAUCCUCGACUCUUCGACGAUGUUUCCUUUCACCCGUGUGUUCGUUUCAAACGCUGGGAAUCGGAGCGAAUUCUUUCAUUUAUUCCGCCAGACGGAAACUUUCGACUGAUGUCGUACCACGUAGGUUCACAGAGUGUGGUAGCAAUUCCCAUCUACGUCCGGCACAACAUUGCCCUUAAAUCGGGUGAACAGGGACGAAUGGAUAUUACCGUUGGACCUAAAACCACUUUGGGACGCGUCGUAGAAGCAGUUAAACUGGAAAUCCGUAUGCCAAAAUCGGUACUCACCUGCGCACUGCUGGCCAGUCAGGGUAAAUAUACUUUCGAUCCGGUGACUAAAAUGCUUCACUGGGACGUGGGCAGAAUUGAUGUUACUAAACUGCCGAACAUUCGGGGAACCGUUUCAACUGCAGCUGGUUGUACUUCACUGGAGACUAGCAUUGAUCGGGUGCAGUUUACAAUUUCACAACUGGUUGUUUCCGGGUUGAAGGUAAACCGUUUGGAUAUGUAUGGAGAAAAAUACAAGCCGUUUAAGGGUGUCAAAUACUUGACGAAAGCCGGCAAGUUCCAGAUUCGGAUGUAAUUGGAUCGUACUUCCAGAUAAUCUCAUUUUAUUUAUCGUCUAUUUUUUUAUAUAUAUAAAGUAUCAUGUAUCAUUCCA